ACCAAACUUCAAGAAUGUCAGAUAAUUCAAGUGCUUACAAUUAUGAUACAGAGGAUGGCUUCCCUACGCUAUCAGCUACUGUCACCUUCACCGUUUUCUUUGCUCUCUUCACUGCAGCCCACAUUAUACAAGCGGGAUGGAAAAAGCAAUUCUGGUUAUAUGGUACAAUAGUCAUCUUCGGUUUGUUAGAAGUCAUUGGAUGGGCUGCGAGAUGCACCCAUGCUAGAACUGGAUACAUUAUACAGACAUCCCUCCUGGUUAUCUCUCCUUGUUUCUUGACCGCAUUCAUAUACUACGAUCUCAAACACGUGAUCCACUUGUAUGGCCCAAAGUACAGUUUGUUACCCGCAAAGACAGCAGGAUGGCUCUUUAUCGUGAUUGAUAUUAUAUGCAUCUUGAUUCAAGCCGCGGGUGGUGGUAUUGCGGCUUCUGCAUCCAGUGGAAACUCAGAUGAUCCAGAAGAGAGCGCUGAUACUAUGAAAUUGGGCUCCCACAUCGUUCUUGCAGGUAUCAUAUUACAGCUGGUCACAGUAUUCGUCUACUCUUGCUUCUUGGCAGAAUUCUGCUUCAGGUACUACACAAACAAAGCGGCACGUAGUACUUACACCACAGCUGCUGUCAUUCGUUUAUCAUCAAGAGAGCAAUUGAAAUUGAAACUCAGGCUCGGUAUACUUUCCACUAUUAGUGUGUUAGUCCUCUGGAGAUCUGCAUUCAGAGUUGCGGAACUCAACGGUGGAUGGGAAGGUGAACUCAUGCAAAAUCAAGAUGCUUUCGACGCCAACGAUGGUGUACCUAUGUUACUCAGUCUUAUCGUAUGUUCAUUCCUGCAUAUUGGAUGGCUAAACCCGGAGAAAGAGAUGAUAAGGAGCAAACAAGAUUCAUACACAUCCACUGAAGACAAACACGAGCUUGUUUAAGCUUAUCACUUUCAUUUCGGCAUUUUUUAUUUACCUCGUUAUAAAUUUCUGUACUAGCUGUUAUUUUUGC